AUGCCGGUUAUGUUUGAGGGCGGUGCAGACCCAAUGGUAGCCGACAACUGCAUGGAUCAAGUCAAAACUCAGUUGACCUCAAUGGAUGUGACAGAGGAUCACUUGAAGAUCAUCCUAGCAACUUACAAGUUCGCUAUGGAUGCCAAGGUUUGGUGGAAGUCGAUCACUAACCAACCUUGUAGGUCUCUUGUUUAUUGGACUAAGGUAGGCGAGACAGCCGCCUUAGGACCCGACAUUGUACUCGAGACUACUGAGAAGAUUAAGUUGAUAAGACAGAGGUUACUUACAGCUCAGAGCCGACAGAAGAGUUAUGCGGAUAAGCGGAGACGACCGUUAUCCUUUGAGGUGGGAGACCACGUUUUUCUACGGGUUUCUCCACGGAAGGGAUUGAUGAGAUUUGGGAAAAGUAGCAAGUUGUCGCCACGAUUUAUUGGACCGUUUGAGAUUUUGGACCGAGUAGGAGAGGUUGCCUACAGGCUUGGUUUGCCACCACAGUUGGAUAAGGUCCACAAUGUUUUCCAUGUGUCGAUGUUACGGAAGUACGAACCGGAUCCAUCUCACAUUUUGAGUUGGGUAGAUGUGGACAUUGAUGAGGAUGUUUCCUACGAGGAAGGACCAGUUCAAAUUCUUGACACACAACAGAAGGUGUUGAGGAACAAGACAAUACCAAUGGUGAAAGUCCUUUGGAGACACCACGGAGUCGAGGAAGCUACUUGGGAGCUUGAACAGGAGGUUCGCUCCAAGUAUCCAGCGUUGUUUUCUUCCUCAGGUAUGUCUUGAUUUCGAGGACGAAAUUUUUUUUAAAGUUGGGGAGAAUGUGAUGUCUGUAUAUAAUUAUGUGGUGUGUGAUUUAAAUGAAAAAGAAAAUGAGAAAAAGAAAUUAUAAAAGAAGUGGGACCCACAUCACUUUUUAAGUGAAUUGUGAGACCAAAAUUGGUCUCUGCCUUUCUCUCUCUCUCCCGACAGACGCUCUCUGCUUCUCCUUCUUUUCUUUUUUUUCUUUUCUUUUCACUUUAAGCUUCCAUUGUUGAUUGUUCCUUCAUCUUUUGUCGGAUUGAGGUGCCGUUUGAGGCAAAACGAAGCUUGUGUCGAGCUCUACACAUACAUACCAACAAUUCUAGAUUUGGUACACCCUUUGAACUUCGAAAUUUAGGACCCAUUUUCUAGGGUUUGCUCAUUUUUGAGGUAGGGGCAUCUUAAUCCACUCUAGUCUUGUUCUAUUGUGAAUUUUACCUCCAUGUUGUAUUAAAUAUGCUUAAUUUAGAGUUAAUUAUAUCUAUGAUGGUAUUAAUGAUGUCUAGAGGGUUUUCACGAUCUUGAAUAUGGUUGGUUCAUGUGCAAAUUAUAUUUAGUUGUUGAUUUCCUAUGUUUACUAUGUGCUAGCAUGCUGAAAUUAAUGUAUGAGAGUAUGCUUAUUU